AUGUCCUCCACCGACCCCUCCUCCCCCGCAAAACUCACCCAACACCUCACCAAAUACCCCGAAGAAAACACCACUAUCCUCGACACGGCUCUAACCCUCGGCGCCAAACCACGGCAGCCAACUCACCAGCCUUUCACUCCCAUCGGCCACAUCUCACUGGAUUCCGAGAGCGCCAACCCUGAUCAAGCCGAUGCGUCGAAGGGUAUGUAUUACAUCACGACGUUUUACAUCUCAAGGGCUAUUCAGAGCGGUGGGUUGGGGAGUGCGGCGAUGGAUAGAGUGGAGAGUGAGGCGGUGGGUGAGCCGUUGAGGGCGAGGGUGUUGAGUUUGGAUACGUUGGCGAAUAGUAGUUUGGAGCAGAAGGAUAUGUGGACGGAGAUGGGGCUUGAGCAGCCUUCGUUCUCGAACCAGGAUUGGUAUGAGAGGAGAGGUUACAAACCAUGGAAGUUUGUAGAUGGUCAUAUCCAACAGGAAGUCAAUGGGAAAAUCUGGCCAUUGGAUGCUGUGUUUAUGAAAAAGACUGUUGCCUGA